AUGCUACAACUAGUUGUUUUUGGAGUGUUAGCGGUUGUAUUGUGGUAUAAUGUUUGUGUCUUCAGAACUCGGAAGAUUACAGUCAAUGGUCAAGGAGUUUUGAUAACUGGAUGUGAUACUGGAUUUGGACACGAUCUGGCAAAGCGUCUGGAUAAGAUGGGGUUUCAUGUGUUUGCUGGAUGUUUGGUGGAAGAUGGGCCCGGUCCAGAAGAAUUAGCGAAAUUAUGUUCUAAACGUCUUCACGUUGUCCAACUAGACAUCACCAAAGAUGAUCAAAUCAGAGCUGCCAAAAGUUAUGUGGAGUCAGUACACGAACUGACCGGAUGUGGUCUCUGGGCUGUUGUCAACAACGCUGGAAUUGACUUCUAUGGAGAUAUAGAAUUUUGCACAAUAGAUAUGUACAGACGUGUGGCGGAAGUGAAUCUUUUUGGCAUGAUAAACGUCACAAAAGCAUUUCUACCCAUGAUUAGAAAAUCUAAAGGUCGAAUUGUGAACAAUACAAGUGUCAAAGGCCUUGUAUCUCUUCCAAGAAUAUCGGUCUAUGGAAUCACUAAGUUUGGCUGUGAAAAUUUUUCUGACUGCCUGAGGCUUGAAAUGAGGAAGUUUGGAGUAAAAGUUUCUAUUGUUGAACCAGGGAAUUUUGGAGGGGUAACAGGAAUUCGUAUAGGUAGCAAUUUUGAACGUUUGAAAAGAGAUAAAGAGGAAAUGUGGAGCAAUGCUGACGCAGAAGUGAGACAAGUUUAUGGCCGGAAGUAUCUGGAAUCCCAGUUUUCUGGACAAGUAGAAGCACUUGACUCUUCCUUCCCCUCGACUGAUCCGGUCAUUGAUGCGUUUGUUGACGCUUUGACGCUUGAAAAUCCGAAAAGUAGAUAUUUAGUAGAUGGUGGAUCAGGACUGAUUGAUUUCUGUAAUUAUUUGGCCCGGCUGAAAAACUAUAUACCGACCGUUUGGAUGGAUUUCAUAGUUGACCGAUGGCUCAACUCCUUCGGGGUAUCAAAUUUCGGAACCUGA